AUGAACCCCACACGCCUCCGCACACGCUUAUCACAGCAUACAUCACUUCAAAUACACCCGCCAACACCGCGCCUCUCACAUCGUCCAGCCCUCCGACGACCACCACCACCGCCAACAUCCCAAAGACCCCAAUCGCACGCAUACAGCACACGCACCGACUCUCUCCCGAAAAUCAUUCAACCGUCCUUCUGGGCCUCUCUCCUUCCCAAAUCCCUACCCUUCCGCUCUUCACAAUCUUCCGCCUCGGCGUCAAACUCGCGAGAAUGGAACCCCGCCUCCUUCUACAUAAUCAUCUUCAUCCUGAUCGGGUCGCAGGCGAUUCGGAUGAUUGCGCUGAAGAAUGAAUACACGGGGUAUUUGCGCAGCACGGACGCGAAGAUCCGGCUGUUGAGGGAGGUUAUUGGGAAGGUGCAGAGGGGUGAAGAGGUUGAUGUGAAGAAGUUGCUGGGGACGGGCGAGGAGAGGGUUGAGAGGGAGUGGGAUGAGGUCCUGAGAGAAAUUGAGCGCGAGGAUUCAUUGUGGCAUCAAAAGCAGAAGAAGGCCGAGGAAGAUGCGGCUGAGAAGGCGCAGGCUGAUAGACGUGCCCAGUUGCAGGAACAGGCGGAUAAGGAUCCCGCUGUACCUGCGGUUGAUGCGGCAGACGAGUCAACCGCGAAGGAUAACCAAGCGAAGCGGAAAGUGAGCUUCUUCUAG